AUCCCAUUUGCACCACGCCCGUCUUGAGCAUCCCAAACGUUGCUGAGCCGGGACCUUUUCUGGAGACUGUCGUGAUCAUACACUUCUUACACCGAGACAACUCAUGCCAAUAAACAUGGCAACGACAAACGAGACUCCAGCGCCUCGCGAGAGGAGGCCAAGUACUAAUGCGCCCAUCACUGACUUCCAGGGACCCAUUGGGCCAGCUGGAAUCUCCAGGCCAAAGCACAAGCGUACAGUAACUGGAUUUGGCGCCCAAGAAAUCAAGAGCGUAGAGGCGAGCAUUCCGGAGCCACAGCGAGAGGCCUGGCGGAAAUACUCAGCAUCCGAGUUCAAAUCCAAGGACGAGUUCGACCGAGAUGUUGUACGACACAUCGAGACAACGCUGGCGAGAUCGCUUUUCAACUGCGAUGAAGCUGCAGCGUACUCGGGAACGGCUUUGGCCUUUCGUGAUCGUCUCAUCAUUGAAUGGAACAGGACACAACAGCAACAAACAUACGCUGAUCCCAAACGGGUCUAUUACCUCUCGCUCGAGUUCUUGAUGGGAAGAGCAUUGGACAAUGCUAUGCUGAACACAGGCAUGAAGGACAUUGCUAAGGAGGGUCUUCAUGACUUGGGCUUCCGAAUGGAAGACAUCAUCUCCCAGGAGCGCGACGCAGCUCUCGGAAACGGUGGGCUUGGGCGUCUUGCAGCCUGCUUCCUCGAUUCCAUGGCCACCCUGAACUAUCCCGCUUGGGGAUACGCCCUCCGCUACCGAUACGGCAUCUUCAAGCAAGAGAUCAUUGAUGGCUAUCAGGUCGAAAUUCCAGAUUACUGGCUUGAUAUGAACCCAUGGGAAUUCCCAAGACAUGACGUUACUGUAGACGUCCAAUUCUACGGGAGCGUGAGAAAGUACACGGACGACAAUGGCAAACAAGUCAGCGUGUGGGAGAAUGGCGAGCUAGUCACUGCCGUGGCAUACGAUGCCCCAAUUCCAGGAUAUGGCACAUCCACAACGAACAAUCUUCGACUAUGGUCGAGCAAGGCCUCUGGAGGCGAGUUCGACUUCACGAAGUUCAAUUCUGGCGAGUACGAGGCUUCGGUUGCAGAUCAGCAGCGUGCGGAGACGAUCUCGGCUGUGCUAUAUCCAAAUGACAGCCUAGACCGUGGCAAGGAGUUGCGUCUAAAGCAACAGUACUUCUGGUGCGCGGCUUCGCUUUUCGACAUCGUUCGUCGUUUCAAGAAGUCGAAGAAAGCUUGGAAGGAGUUCCCAAACCAAGUCGCAAUUCAGCUGAACGAUACUCACCCCACACUCGCCAUUCCGGAGCUUCAGCGGAUCCUCAUUGACCAAGAGGGUCUGGAUUGGGACGAGGCCUGGAGUAUUGUGCAGAAGACGUUCGGAUACACAAACCACACAGUGCUUCCAGAAGCUCUUGAGAAGUGGUCGGUACCCCUUGUCCAACAUUUGCUUCCACGCCACCUCCAGAUAAUCUAUGAAAUCAAUUUGAAUUUCCUCCAGUACGUCGAGAGAACUUUCCCAAAGGAUCGCGACAUGCUUGCACGUGUCUCCAUCAUCGAGGAGUCGCAGCCCAAGAUGGUUCGCAUGGCGUACCUGGCAGUUAUUGGCUCGCACAAGGUGAACGGCGUUGCUGAACUGCAUUCGGAUCUGAUCAAGACUACUAUCUUCAAAGACUUUGUGAAGCUGUACGGCCCAGACAAGUUCACCAACGUUACAAACGGCAUCACACCACGACGAUGGCUCCACCAGGCCAAUCCGCGGUUAUCCGAGCUGAUUGCGAGCAAGCUUGGCGGCUACGAUUUCCUCCGUGAUCUCACACUUCUCAACAAGAUCGAAUCGUACGUGGAUGACAAGAGUUUCCGCAAGGAGUUCCAGGAGAUCAAGUAUGCCAAUAAAGUACGCCUUGCCAAAUACAUCAAGGACGCGAACGGCAUCACUGUCAACCCAGCCAGCUUGUUCGACAUCCAAGUGAAGCGUAUGCACGAGUACAAGAGACAGCAGCUCAACAUAUUUGGUGUCAUCAAUCAUUACCUCGAGAUCAAGGACAUGUCUCCCGAGGAGCGCAAAAAGGUGCAACCGCGAGUCAGCAUCUUCGGCGGCAAAGCUGCACCCGGCUACUGGAUGGCUAAAACGAUCAUUCACUUGAUCAACCAAGUCAGCAAGGUCGUGAACAAUGACAAAGAUAUCGGCGAUCUCCUCAAGGUUGUCUUCUUGGAAGACUACAACGUAUCCAAGGCGGAAAUCAUCUGCCCCGCCAGCGAUAUUUCUGAGCACAUCUCGACUGCAGGCACGGAGGCUUCAGGCACCUCCAACAUGAAAUUCGUCCUCAAUGGCGGGCUCAUCAUCGGGACGUGUGAUGGCGCAAAUAUUGAGAUCACUCGCGAGAUCGGAGAGGACAACAUCUUUCUUUUCGGUAACCUGGCCGAGGACGUGGAAGAUCUGCGCCACGCUCAUUUCUAUUCCGAGUUUCACCUGGACCCUAUGCUUGAGCGCGUCUUCAAGACGAUCCAGCAAGGUGUAUUUGGUGACGCAGGUCAAUUCUCGGCUUUGGUCAAUUCCAUUGUCGAGCAUGGAGACUAUUACCUGGUUUCCGACGACUUCAAGAGCUACGUUGAUACUCAAAAGCUCAUCGAUGAGGCGUACAAGAACCAAGAGGAGUGGCUGACCAAGACCAUUACUUCUGUCGCAAGAAUGGGAUUUUUCUCCAGUGAUAGAUGUAUUGAUGAGUAUGCCGAGAUGAUCUGGAACGUGGAGCCUUUGCCGCCCAAGUCACAGAACGCCUAGCAAGGCAACUCUGCGGACUGGCGUCAAAUGAGUAUCUAAAACGGGGCUAGGAAGUAUCGCGAAGGGCAUAUAAAUCAGAGGAUAAAAGCGUUCCAUAAUCAGUGAAUCACCCAUGAUGACAUUUGCUUCUAGAGCUCU